AUGAUAACUAAUAUGGAUUUUGCAAGAUGUGCUACUUGUUUGGAAGACUACGGUAAGUCAACUAUUUUAAUAAUAAGUUAUUUUCAAUUUUGAAAUUCCCACGAUUUUCUGAAAUUCAGAUGACAGUUCUCAUCGACCAUGCAUUGGAUUUUGUGGACAUUCUUUAUGCUUGAAAUGCCAAAUCAGAAUUGUGUAAGUGAGGGAAUAUUGUUGUUAUUAUUAGAAAAAAUUAAUAAAUGGAAAAUAAUUUCCGAUGAAGCAUGAGAAAAAAACACGUUUGAUUAGUUUUUGUCUAGGAUAGUCUAGAAAAUUGAAAGCUCUGGAAAGAGAAGAAGAAGAGUGAGAAAAAUUGAGUUGACAGUUUUUGAUGUUGAUUCUGAAUUACAAAGUACAAAUACUUAAAAAAAAGUUCAAGUUUUUAUCAAAAUUCAACUGUAGGUUGACAUUUUCCAAAAAGUGAAACAUGUUUUCUUGACAUUUUUUGAAAAAUUCGAAAAGUUAGAUAUAAAAAAAAUUCGGUGGAUCAACAUUUAUGGGAAAGUUCUUCAUUUUUCUCAAAAAACAUCAAAUUUUUUUUCAGAAGCUGUCCUCUUUGCAAACGAAAAAACGCAUUCUUCGGAACCGUUAUCAAUUAUCAACUUCUCGAUGCUUGUCUUGCAAUUCGUCAAAUCGUCAACGAAAAAAAGCCCGAGACCACCCCAGAGAAAAAGUCACCGAAUAGAUCGCGUUCAGUAAACAAAAGACAUUGCGAAACACCAAAUAUUUCACAACAAGUUGUAAAUGCGACUCGACGAAACCGUCGAACUGCUUUAGAAACUGCGGUUGACAAAACUCAACAACGUGAAAUUGAAAAUGGCUGGAUUUCUCAACAUAUUCCAGCACCAGAUAUGAGAAGACGUGAUCGAUCAAAUCGUAGAUUGUCAGAGAGAAUGGGUAAUCAUUUUUUCGAAUAUAAAUAAAUCAUUGCUCAUAUUAAACUUUCAGUUUUUGGUGACCAUAUUCCUCCACCAUGUCAUUAUCGAGCAUUCUACGCAGUUCCACCAGAUGUCAGUUGAUUUGAUGAUUACCUAAAUACUUUCAAGCUCUAAUUUUUUCCAGAACUUUGCCGCAGUUCCAUCAACAUUUACUCGAAUAUUUUUUGGAAGAUCGUGCUUUGAAAUCUAA